CCCGGCCCGGCUGGCCUCCUGCCGCAGCCUGAGCCCUCUGCGCGACCUCUGAGCGCGAACCAGGCUUGCAAGCACGCAGGGCUGGCCGCUGGCACCGCCACAGGCUGCCGAGCGGGCCUGGCUUCAGCCGGAGCCCGGCUUCCAGUCAGUAACCGUCCUGGCUCGGCCAGCUUUCUCUACCGCGAAGCGUAGGGCUCUGGCGCCGGGAGCGUCCUCCGGUUCACUGCCUCAAAGCCAGGUGAAGACCUCUGCUCUCCCUGUGGAUUACUUGCUGUACAAGACACCAGCAGUGAGAUUCCAGAGCUUAUGCGCCUGUGACCUGACCCUCCUCAUUUCGUUACUUGUAUGUGUUGGUGGAAGUUCGCAGCUCUUUGGAGCUGCUGUUUACGUGGAACCUUUGAGCCAUUUUCAGUUGACUGAAGGCUUGGACGCUGCUAGCAAUGAGCUCCCAAAGCCAUCCAGAUGGUCUUUCUGGCCGAGACCAGCCAGUGGAGCUGCUGAACCCUGCCCGCGUGAACCACAUGCCCAGCACGGUGGAUGUGGCCACGGCGCUGCCCUUGCAGGUGGCCCCCGCUGCAGUGCCCAUGGACCUGCGUCUGGACCACCAGUUCUCCUUGCCUGUGGCCGAGCCAGCACUCCGGGAGCAGCAGCUGCAGCAGGAGCUGCUGGCCCUGAAGCAGAAGCAGCAGAUCCAGCGGCAGAUCCUCAUCGCAGAGUUCCAGCGGCAGCAUGAGCAGCUGUCCCGGCAGCACGAGGCCCAGCUGCAUGAGCACAUAAAGCAGCAGCAGGAGAUGCUGGCUCUCAAGCACCAGCAGGAGCUGCUGGAGCACCAGCGCAAGCUGGAAAGGCACCGCCAGGAGCAGGAGCUGGAGAAGCAGCACCGUGAGCAGAAGCUGCAGCAGCUUAAGAACAAGGAGAAGGGGAAGGAGAGUGCUGUGGCCAGCACAGAGGUGAAGAUGAAACUACAGGAGUUUGUCCUCAACAAGAAGAAGGCGCUGGCCCACCGAAACCUGAACCAGUGCAUUUCCAGUGACCCCCGCUUCUGGUAUGGGAAGACGCAGCACAGCUCCUUGGACCAGAGCUCUCCACCCCAGACUGGAGUGUCGGCCUCCUACAACCACCCAGUCCUGGGGAUGUACGAUGCCAAAGAUGAUUUCCCUCUGAGGAAGACAGCUUCUGAGCCCAACCUGAAAUUGCGGUCCCGGCUCAAGCAGAAAGUGGCAGAGAGACGGAGCAGCCCCCUGUUGCGCAGGAAGGAUGGACCCGUGGUUACUGCUCUAAAGAAGCGCCCCCUGGAUGUCACAGACUCUGCGUGCAGCAGCGCCCCAGGCUCUGGGCCCAGCUCACCCAACAGCAGCUCCGGCAACGUCAGCACUGAGAACGGCAUCUCAUCCACCAUGCCCAGUGUCCCAGCCGAGACCAGUUUGGCACACAGACUCGUGACUCGAGAAGCCUCUGUUGCCCCACUUCCUCUCUACACGUCACCAUCCCUGCCUAACAUCACCUUGGGACUUCCUGCUACAGGCCCUUCCGCAGGCACUGCAGCCCAGCAGGAUGCCGAGAGGCUCGCCCUCCCAGCCCUGCAACAGCGGAUCUCCCUCUUCCCUGGCACCCACCUGGCCCCCUACCUGGGCGCCUCACCCCUGGAGCGGGAUGGCGGGGCAGCGCACAACCCCCUUCUGCAGCACAUGGUCCUGCUGGAGCAGCCACCCACGCAGACGCCCCUUGUCACAGGCUGGUGUCUUCCAGGUCUGGGUGCGCUGCCCCUGCACACGCAGCCCCUGGUCGGCGCGGACCGUGUGUCCCCAUCCAUGCACAAGCUGCGGCAGCACCGCCCGCUGGGGCGCACGCAGUCGGCACCACUCCCCCAGAGCGCGCAGGCCCUGCAGCACCUGGUGAUCCAGCAGCAGCACCAGCAGUUCCUGGAGAAGCACAAGCAGCAUUUCCAGCAGCAGCAGCUGCACAUGGGCAAGAUAAUCCCCAAACCCAGUGAGCCGGCCCGGCAACCUGAGAGCCACCCCGAGGAGACAGAGGAGGAGCUCCGCGAGCACCAGGCCCUGCUGGAUGAGCCCUACCUGGAUCGCCUCCCAGGACAGAAAGAGGCACAUGCGCUGGCCGUGCAGGUGAAGCAGGAGCCCAUCGAGAGCGAGGAGGAGGAGGUGGAGCCCGAGCGGGAAGCAGAUCCUGGCCAGCGCCCGCCCUCCGAGCAGGAGCUGCUCUUCAGACAGCAAGCGCUCCUGCUGGAGCAGCAGCGGAUCCACCAGCUGAGGACCUACCAGGCAUCCAUGGAGGCUGCAGGCAUUCCUGUGUCCUUCAGCAGCCAUCGGCCUCUGUCCCGGGCACAGUCCUCCCCAGCAUCUGCCACCUUCCCGGUGACUGUCCAGGAGCCCCCCAGCAAGCCGAGGUUCACCACAGGCCUCGUGUAUGACACGCUAAUGCUGAAGCACCAGUGCGCCUGUGGGAAUACCAACAGCCACCCCGAGCACGCAGGGAGGAUCCAAAGCAUCUGGUCCCGCCUGCAGGAGACCGGCCUGCGCAGCAAGUGUGAGUGUGUCCGUGGACGGAAGGCCACCUUGGAAGAGCUGCAGACAGUGCACUCGGAGGCCCACACACUGCUCUAUGGCACAAACCCCCUCAACAGGCAGAAGCUGGACAGUAAGAAGCUUCUAGGCUCCCUGACCUCUGUGUUCGUGAGGCUCCCUUGUGGUGGCGUUGGGGUGGACAGCGACACCAUCUGGAACGAGGUGCACUCAUCGGGGGCUGCUCGUCUAGCCGUGGGCUGCGUGGUGGAGCUGGUCUUCAAGGUGGCCACGGGGGAGCUGAAGAAUGGCUUUGCUGUGGUCCGGCCCCCAGGACACCAUGCGGAAGAGAGCACGCCUAUGGGCUUUUGCUACUUCAACUCAGUGGCAGUUGCAGCCAGGCUCCUCCAGCAGCGACUGAACGUGAGCAGGAUCCUCAUUGUGGACUGGGAUGUGCACCAUGGGAACGGGACCCAGCAGGCUUUCUACAGUGACCCCAGCGUCCUCUAUGUGUCCCUGCACCGCUACGAUGAUGGAAACUUCUUUCCAGGCAGUGGAGCACCUGACGAGGUGGGCACAGGGCCAGGCAUGGGCUUCAACGUCAACAUGGCCUUCGCGGGUGGCCUCGACCCCCCCAUGGGAGACACAGAGUACUUGGCAGCCUUCAGAACCGUGGUCAUGCCAAUCGCCAAUGAGUUUGCCCCGGAUGUGGUACUGGUGUCAUCAGGCUUUGAUGCUGUGGAGGGCCACCCCACACCUCUUGGAGGGUACAACCUCUCUGCCAAAUGUUUCGGGUACCUGACAAAGCAGCUGAUGGGCCUGGCUGGUGGCCGGAUCGUGCUGGCUCUCGAGGGAGGCCAUGACCUAACAGCCAUCUGUGAUGCCUCUGAGGCCUGCGUUUCUGCUCUACUGGGAAACGAGCUUGAGCCUCUGCCAGAAAAAGUCCUACAACAGAGACCCAACGCCAAUGCUGUCCGCUCCAUGGAGAAGGUCAUGGAGAUCCACAGUAAGUACUGGCGCUGCCUGCAGCGCUUGGCCUCCACGGUGGGGCACUCACUGAUUGAGGCACAGAAAUGCGAGAAUGAAGAAGCCGAGACGGUUACUGCCAUGGCCUCACUGUCCGUGGGAGUGAAGCCCACUGAGAAGAGGCCAGAGGAGGAGCCCAUGGAGGAGGAGCCACCCCUGUAGCACCCUCUCAGAGCUGCUGUCCUCCUUUGUUUGUCUGUCUGGAAGCUCAGCCAGGAGACUUUCCCGUGUCACUCGUGCAUCCCACAUGGGCUCUCUUGAGCACAGGGACGCCAGGCAUGCAGUGGCAGUGGGAGGCCUUUCCACCACUUGGACCACAGGUCUCAAGAGGCAUGUGCACACUGGCGUGGUGGCUUCUCACGGACAUGGGAUGGUGCCGCGUGGACACACAGACAUGCGGAAGCCAAGCACACUCGGGCAGCCCCCGCACAGCCGCAGAGGAAGGAGCUGCGGCAGCUGGGGACAGUUGCCAGAUUUAGCUGACAUGAGAAAAGGAAAGUGAAAAUCAAAGAUCUAAUAAUACAAAACAAACUUGAUUGAAACUGGUGCUUAAAGUUUGAUUCUUACCCACAGUUCUACAGUCCCUGUGUAAACCACUCAGCUCAUCUUGUAGCUUUUUUUUAAAAAAAAAACAACAAAAAACAAAAAA